GCUGCCUUGAACAAAAGAAGAAGACUGUCCUUCAGAGUCUACACGCUCUGAGUCUUUGGUGGUUUCUUCUCUUCACACAGGGAGGAUGGGAGCCUCAGUAGCCACACCUGCCUCUCCUGCAGUGAGUGCAGAGGUGACAGCAGCUGCCCUUCCUCAGGCAUGUCCUAUGCACCAAGAAGCUCAGCCUGUUGGAACUGUGACUCCCCCUUCAGGAUGUCCUAUGCAUCAAACUCAGAAUGCCAGUGGAGGCCCUGAGAUGUAUACUCUGAUGCCCCCUCCAAACCAAAUGCCAGCCCCGGACCAGCCCUUCCCCCUGUCUGUCACCAGAGAGGAGUCAACAAUUCCCCGACAUGGCACAGAUAAGAAAUGGGUUUACCCCUCUGAACAAAUGUUCUGGAAUGCCAUGCUGCGGAAGGGGUGGCGCUGGCGUGAUGAUGAUCUUAAACAUCAAGAUAUGACCAAUAUCAUAAAAAUCCACAAUCAGAACAAUGAACAGGCCUGGCAUGAGAUCCUAAAAUGGGAGGCUCUGCAUGCAUGUGAAUGUCCGUGUGGCCCAACUUUGAAGAGGUUUGGUGGUAAAGCCAAAGAGUACUCACCCAGGGCUAGAGUCCGUCACUGGAUGGGGUACGAACUGCCGUUUGACCGCCAUGACUGGGUCAUUGACCGCUGUGGGAAGGAGGUACGCUAUGUCAUUGACUACUAUGAUGGUGAUAUCAACAAAGACACCUAUCAGUUCUCCAUUCUGGACGUGCGACCUGCCUUUGACUCCAUAGAGGCCAUCUGGGAUCGGAUGAAGGUGGCUUGGUGGCGCUGGACCUCAUGAAGGAC